AUGGGCUCCACUAAGAGAGGUCUCAAGUCUCGACAUGUUCAGCUCAUGGCUAUUGGAGGCUCCAUAGGAACAGCGCUCUUCGUUGGUAUUGGAGGCAGUCUCUCCAGAGCCGGUCCACUUUCAUUACUCCUCGGCUAUAUGUUUUGGGGCAUUGGCUUCAUCUGGCCGUGCAAUUUAUAUACGGCAGAAAUGGUCGCCUACCUUCCUAUUAAGGGCCAAAUAUUCGAAUUGGCAAGCCGCUACGUCGACCCAGCAGCGGGAUUUGCACUAGGCUGGACAUAUUUUUUCGGCGGUUCGAUGCUGGUGUGUGUUGAACAUGCCGCUGUUGCUGCAGUCAUUCAGUAUUGGAACUCGGACAUAAAUCCAGCCGCGUGGGUCACGGUCUCAAUUGUGGUCUGUUACUUUCUAAAUGUCGCCGCCGUCAAAUGGUACGGAGAGUCCGAGUUUAUCAUGGCAUCAACCAAGAUCAUCUUACUUGUUGGGCUUAUAUUAUUAACUUUUAUCACUAUGGUCGGCGGAAAUCCACAACACGACGCAUAUGGCUUUCGCUACUGGAAAAACGGGCUCGCCUCACACCCUUACUACACGACUGGUGCCACGGGCGGUUUUUUAGGCUGGUGGUCCUGUGUCCGCUACGCCGCCUUCACGAUAGCGGGUCCUGAUCUAAUCACAAUGGCUGCUGGCGAGAUUCAGCAUCCUCGAAAAACUAUCCCAAGAGUGGCGAAGCUUGUCUUCUACCGUCUCGUGGGUUUCUAUAUUGUCGGAGUACUCGCAGUCGGUAUCAUCUGUUCCUCGCGCGACACUCGCCUCCUUGGCGCUAUUGAAAGUGGCGGGUCCGGCGCUGCUGCUUCUCCUUGGGUCGUUGGAAUCCAGAACCUCGGUAUUGAAGGUCUGCCGUCUGUCAUCAAUGCCGUCAUUAUGUUAUCCGGUUUCUCCUGUGGCAACGCAUAUUUAUACUCGACAUCACGGACCUUAUACUCCCUCGCUCAAGACGGGCAAGCGCCAAAAAUCUUUCUCAAAUGCACAAAAGCAGGAGUACCUAUUUAUUGUGUGUCGGCUGUUAGCCUGAUCGGCUGUCUUACCUACCUCGUUUCUUCGAAUGGUGCCGUUACAGUCUUCUACUGGUUUGUCAAUCUAACAACUAUUACUUUUGUACUAGUCUACACAAGUUAUAUUUUUGUUUGGACAAGGUGGUACGAAGCCUGUAAAGCACAAGGAAUAGAUCGCAAUAAACUUCCCUACCACGUCCCCUUCGCCCCAUACUCGGCCUGGUUUGGGAUCGGUGCAGGAUGUACGUGCAUGUUCUUUAUGGGGUUCGACGUUUUCGUUCCCUGGGAUACACAGGGUUUUAUUACGUACUAUUUCGGCCUGGUCUUCGGUCUUUCUACGUUCCUACUUUGGAAGUUAUGGAAGAAGACAAAGUGGGUGUCUCCCGAGAAUGCUGAUCUUUACUCUGGUCUGGCCGAGGUCGACGAGGAAUGCAAGCGCUGGGAGAGUCCCGAGGCGAACGAGAAAGAGCGGGAAAGGCUAGCACAGCGCAAUUUCUUCAGUAGGGCUUGGGAGAAAAUGUGGUAG